AUGAAGUUCGCACUCUCCUUCUGCGCGGUGUUCCUGCUGCUCGUCGCACUGGUCCAGGCCGACCAGGGUUGCACCUUUGGCCAGACAAAGAGCGAGGACUGCAAUGCGUGCAUCUGCACCGCCAGCGGCGAGUGGGCCUGCACCGGGAUGAAGUGCCGCGCCAAGAGAGAUAUUAGCUGCGAACCAGGCGUGGAAUUCAUGGAUCAGUGUAACUCCUGCAAAUGUGGACCAGAUGGGUUGUCAGCCUCCUGUACCGCCAACACCUGCAAUAACUAUUAGACAACAGGGUGCCUUCCAGUAUCAGCCAACUGGUGACGAAGUUCCUCAUGUUAUAAUACUUUUGAUGGCUGAAAAAUACUAAUAUCUCCAGACGUUCUUGAGGCAGUCCAAGGACAACAUACGGCUUCCUAGUG